AUGGGCACCAUCGAUGACACCGCCGGGUUCCCGGUGACGAGGACGAGCAGGUCGCUGGUGCCGCCGUCGUCGGCGACGCCGCUGGAGACGCUGCGCCUGUCGGUGAUCGACCGCGUGGCGGGGCUGCGCCACCUGGUGCGGUCCCUGCACGUGUUCGCCGGCGAGAACAAGGCGGCGGCAGCGAAGCCGACAACGCCGGCGAAGGCGCUGCGGGAGGCGCUGGGGAAGGCGCUGGUGGACUACUACCCGUUCGCGGGGCGGUUCGUGGAGGCGGAGGACGGGGAGGUCCGGGUGGCGUGCACCGGCGAGGGCGCCUGGUUCGUGGAGGCCGCCGCGGCGUGCUCCCUGGAGGAGGUCCGUCACCUGGACCACCCCAUGCUCAUCCCCAAGGAGGAGCUGCUGCCGGAGCCCGCGCCCGACGUCAACCCGCUCGACAUGCCGCUAAUGAUGCAGGUGACGGAGUUCACGUGCGGCGGCUUCGUGGUGGGUCUCAUCUCCGUGCACACCAUCGCCGACGGCCUGGGCGCCGGGCAGUUCAUCAACGCGGUGGCGGACUACGCCCGCGGCGCCGUCACCAACAAACCCCGCAUCACCCCCAUCUGGGCGCGCGACGUGAUCCCGGACCCGCCGAAGAUGCCGGCGCCGCCGCCGCGCCUGGACCUGCUCGGCCUGGUGUACUUCACGACGGACCUGAGCCCGGACCACAUCGCCAAGGUCAAGUCGCGGUACCUGGAGGCCACGGGGCAGCGCUGCUCGGCGUUCGACGUGUGCGUGGCGCGCACCUGGCAGGCCCGCGUCCGCGCGCUCGCGAUCCCUGACCCUGCCGCGCCGGCGACGCGGCCCAGCGGCGAGGUGGCGGCGGCCGACGUGGUGGAGGUGGUGCGCGCCGUCCGGGACGCCAAGGCCAGGCUCGCCGCCGACUUCGCGCGGUGGGCGGCGGCGGGCGGGUUUGAUCAGGACCCCUACGAGCUCACCUUCACCUACGACUCCCUCUUCGUCUCCGACUGGACAAGGCUCGGGUUCCUCGAGGCCGACUAUGGCUGGGGCACGCCGACACACGUCGUGCCGUUCUCCUACCACCCGUUCAUGGCCGUCGCCGUCAUCGGGGCGCCGCCCGCGCCCAAGCCCGGCGCGCGCAUCAUGACCAUGUGCGUCCAGGAGCAGCACCUGCCCGAGUUCCAGGAGCAGAUGAACCAGCCGUCCUCGUGA